AUGGCGCUGCGCGCGGCCCUGUUCGACCUGUACGGGGUCCUGGCGCUGCCCUCGCUGGCCGGGGCCUUCGUCCGCGCGGAGGAGGAGUUGGCGCUGCCCAGAGGCUUUCUGAAUGAAGCUUUCCAGAAAGGAGGCCCAGAUGGUCCCAGUGCCCGCCUCAUGAGGGGAGAGAUCACAUAUUCCCAGUGGGUGCCACUCAUGGAAGAAAACUGCAGGAAGUGUUCUCAGGACUCUGGAAUCCGCCUCCCUGAGAAUUUCUCUGUAAGUCAAAUCUUUGGCAAGGCGGCUGCAACAAAGAUCAACCACCCCAUGCUUCAGGCGGCUCUUGCUCUCAGAAAGCAGGGAUAUACAACCUGCCUCCUCACCAACAACUGGCUGGAUGACAGUGCUCAGAGGGGCAUCCUGGCCCAGCUGGUGUGUCAGCUGAGGCCACACUUUGACUUCCUGAUAGAGUCAUGCAGGAUCAGAAUGGCCAAGCCUGAUCCUCGGAUCUACAAGUUUGUACUGGACACCUUGAACGCCAGCCCCAAUGAGGUUGUAUUCUUGGAUGACAUCGGGGCGAAUCUGAAGCCAGCUCGUGACUUGGGGAUGGUCACCAUUCUCGUCCGUGACACAGACACAGCCCUGAGGGAACUGGAGAAAGUAACUGGGGUGCAGCUUCUCCAAGUUGCCACCGCUCUGCCAAUCGCGUGCAAUCCGAGGGACGUGAGCCAUGGCUAUGUGCCAAUAAAGCCUGGGGUGUGUAUGCAUUUUGUGGAGCUGGGCUCCGGUCCUGCCGUGUGCCUGUGCCAUGGAUUUCCUGAGAGCUGGUUCUCUUGGAGGUACCAGAUCCCUGCUCUGGCUCAGGCGGGUUUCCGGGUGCUAGCUCUGGAUAUGAAAGGCUAUGGAGAGUCGUCUGCUCCUCCUGAAAUAGAAGAAUAUUCCUUGGAAGUGUUAUGCAAGGAGAUGGUAACCUUCCUGGAUAAGUUGGGGAUCACUCAAGCAGUGUUCAUUGGCCACGACUGGGGAGGCAUGCUGGUGUGGAACAUGGCUCUCUUCUACCCGGAGAGAGUGAGGGCAGUGGCCAGUUUGAAUACUCCCUUCAUACCAGCCGAUCCCAGUGUACCUACGAUGGAGAAAAUCAAAGCCAAUCCUAUUUUUGAUUACCAGCUCUACUUCCAAGAACCAGGAGUGGCUGAGGCUGAACUGGAACAGAACCUCAGCCGGACUUUCAAAAGCUUCUUCAGAGCAAGUGAUGAGGCUUUUCUCUCCGUGAGCAGAGUCCGCGAAAUGGGAGGACUCUUUGUGAGAACCCCAGAGGAGCCCAGCCUCAGCCACAUCGUCACCGAGGAGGACAUCCAGUUCUAUGUGCAGCAGUUCAAGAAGUCUGGUUUCAGGGGUCCCCUAAACUGGUAUCGAAACGUGGAUGUAAACUGGAAGUGGGGCUGCACAGGUUUGGGACGAAAGAUCCUGAUUCCGGCUCUGAUGGUGACCGCGGAGAAGGACGUCGUGCUCACUCCAGAGAUGUCCAAGCAUAUGGAGGACUGGAUCCCCUACCUGAAAAGGGGACACAUUAUGGAUUGCGGACACUGGACACAGAUGGAGAAGCCCACCGAGUUGAAUCGGAUCCUCAUUGAGUGGCUGGAGACGGAUGCCAGGGACCCACCAGUGGUCUCGAAGCUUUAG